UUGAUAGCAGUCAUAACGUAUCUUGUUCCAGAAUUCACGCCCGUCUGCGUUAGAUAGCGUGCCUAUCGGCCCCCUCAAAAUAACACUGUGUCGGCACAUCUGUCGACACAUCAUUUGGCGACGCAGCUUAAAGGAAACGUGUUCUUUCUGAUUGCGUACAUUUAUUUGUGUCAUGGCUUCGCCAGAUGUACUGUCCGAAUUUUAUCGCUUGCAGAAUCAGCAGACGCAGGCGUUAUUGGAUGCCCUUGGACAGCUCGUCCAGGGUCAACGUGCACUGCAACACGAUGCGGCAGCCGCCGCUUCACCGCUACCGCAGCCACAACUCGCAGUUGCACCGCCUUUUAGGCACUACAACCCGGUGCACGAAUCGUGGACAGAAUGGUCCCGACAGUUCGCCUUCCAUCUAGCCGCCUACAGAAUUCCAGGAGACACUCAAAUGUGGUGCCGACGUUGUGUGCACCACAAGGCGAGACAUGCGAGGCUCACCACUGUAGAGAGACUUUGCAGAUACACGGUAUUUAGUUAGGUGAAAUAGUGUGUGUUGUUAUUCGAAACUUGUAUCAUUUUGAAGAUGGUUCAGACUUGUUACACUGCAGAUUCACAGUCAGCAUCUGAAUUAUUAUGGAAAAAAAUCUAGAAUUUCUACAAACUUUGUGAAUAAAAGCAUUUGAUACGAACCUU